UUGCCUGCGCAAUCUUUUUGCUACCCUGCAAUUUCCUGUUGGUUAUAAAUGAAACCUUUCUAGCUGUUAAUGCAGCCUGUGAAUUGAACAAAAAAAGCAUGUAAUUAAUCAUAGGAGGGUUGGGGGGAUUCACCAAGCCGGAGUUACAGGGGAGACGCCGGACAAGGCACUAGGACCUAGAAGGCAUCCAUCCACCCUGGCAGGAAUUUCUUGCUUGGAGCUCAGACAACAAAGGCAUAGAGAGAUUGGUUUUCUUUCUCUCAGCAUCUCCACCCAACCAGCAGAAAACCGGUCCCUGAGGUUUGACCGAAAUAUGGAACUUGAUUUUGGACACUUUGACGAAAGAGACAAGACAUCCAGGAACAUGCGUGGCUCCCGGAUGAAUGGGCUGCCUAGCCCCACUCACAGUGCCCACUGUAGCUUCUACCGAACCCGAACCUUGCAGGCACUGAGCAACGAAAAAAAAGCCAAGAAGGUACGUUUCUACCGCAAUGGGGACCGCUACUUCAAGGGGAUUGUGUACGCUGUGUCCUCUGACCGUUUUCGCAGCUUUGAUGCUCUGCUGGCUGACCUGACUCGAUCUCUGUCUGACAACAUCAACCUGCCUCAGGGAGUGCGUUACAUUUACACCAUUGAUGGAUCCAGGAAGAUCGGAAGCAUGGAUGAACUGGAGGAAGGGGAAAGCUAUGUCUGUUCCUCAGACAACUUCUUUAAAAAGGUCGAGUAUACCAAGAAUGUCAACCCCAACUGGUCCGUCAACGUAAAGACAUCUGCCAAUAUGAAAGCCCCCCAGUCUCUGGCUAGCAGCAACAGUGCCCAAGCCAGAGAGAAUAAAGACUUUGUGCGCCCCAAGCUGGUGACCAUCAUCCGCAGUGGGGUGAAACCUCGGAAGGCAGUGCGUGUGCUUCUGAAUAAGAAGACAGCCCAUUCAUUUGAGCAAGUACUUACCGAUAUCACCGAAGCUAUCAAACUGGAGACCGGAGUUGUCAAAAAACUCUAUACUCUCGAUGGGAAACAGGUCACCUGUCUCCAUGACUUUUUUGGUGAUGACGAUGUGUUUAUCGCCUGUGGUCCUGAAAAAUUUCGCUAUGCUCAGGAUGAUUUUUCCCUGGACGAAAAUGAAUGCCGGGUCAUGAAGGGAAACCCUUCAACCUCUGGCCCAAAGGCAUCCCCAACACCUCAGAAGAGUUCAGCCAAGAGCCCUGGCCCUAUGCGCCGAAGCAAGUCUCCAGCUGACUCAGGUAACGACCAAGACGCUAAUGGAACCUCCAGCAGCCAGCUGUCUACCCCGAAGUCUAAGCAGUCUCCCAUCUCUACACCUACCAGUCCUGGCAGCCUCCGGAAGCACAAGGACCUGUAUCUGCCUCUGUCCUUGGAUGACUCCGACUCACUUGGAGACUCCAUGUAAAGGAGAAGAGAGCUCAGAGUCCAGAGUACAAAUCCAAGCUUCCCAUUAAAGUAGAGUACUUCUGCUCAGUGUCCAACAGGGCUAUUGGUGCUUUGAGAUUUUUCUUUUGUUGUUGUUGUUGUUAUUUUGAAAAACACCUGUAAUAUGUUGGGUUUAUUUUCCCGUGAUUUCUCCUCCGGGCCACUGAUCCACAGUUACCAAUUCUGAGAGAUAGAUUGAUAAUCAUCCUUUGGUUAUCCAUCCAGGGAUACAGAAUGUGCUGGUCCAUGACCUUUAUUAUGGAAUGCUUAGGCGCCUGCAUUCUUUUGGCCCCGUCUCACUUUGCUCAUACACUAUAGUCUUCCUUCUGUAGAGUGUUUACACACGUAGCACUUAAAAUGUUGUAAGCUUUUGGGGACAAAAGCUCAUUGGAAGACCCAAGAAUGACCAAUCCAAGUGCCCCUGUCUCUUGAUCCCAAGGAUGCUGGAGGAUCCUGGGAGGGCAGCAAGGCAGCUCCCCAGCCUUGCUUUUCCCUCCUGCUUGAGCUCUGGUUUGUUGUCCAGUGCCAAUUCCAGUUGUCAAAGGGGAGAAACACCAGCAACUUGUAAUUGUGACACCAGAUGCUUAGGACUCCAGUACAGGGCUAGCUAAAAUAAACUAGGCAGAAUUGGGAAUUACAGAAGACAUUUUCAGUAGAGUUUAUAAAGCACAGAUUCCUGAUCAACCUCUCCACAGGGGCCAUUUGGAAUCAAGAAGCAAUUGCUAAGAGUUUGGGGCAAGGGACUUUGUACACCUGAUUCCUCUAGGAGGCUAACAUACCAAGUCGUUACACGAAUUGUAUGGUAUCCAUCUAUCUCUGUUCUAUUGAAUGCCUUGUAAACAGCCAACACUGAAAACACUGUGAGAAUUUGUUUUCAGGUAUGACACCUUUCGGUCGCUUUUUAUAGCCAGAAACCAAUAUCCUUUUUAUAAAAACUCAUGUCUGUAUUUCAGGAGCACACUCUUCAGGCUCCUUUUUUAUAAACUGGUGAUUUUUCUUUUGUCUAAAAAACACAUGCAGAAAAUUUACCA